CCUCAAUUCACCAUCAUGGCUGAUUGUAGUACUUUUGUUAAGGCUGACACGCCGGGCUCUGCACCCCAAACUUCUAAAAUCGAUGCUCAGUCUAUAUUAGAAGAAUUUCGCCACAGAUACACGGAGCGCAACGCUCUCUCCCUCGCACAAUUCAAACAAGAUGCAAUUUACAUGCCCGGUGCCAACACCCGAUCGGUCCUCCACGCACUUCCCUUUCCAAUGGUCAUAGCUCGAGGCCAAGCAACGACUGUCUGGUCCGUUGAUGGACAUUCUUACAUUGACUUUCUGAGCGAAUAUUCUGCUGGCCUCUACGGUCAUAGCUGCGAGCGGAUUUGGACAGCAGUAAAUAGCGCCAUGAAGAAAGGUUGGAACUUGGGAGGCAAAAAUGAGUACGAAGGGAAGCUGGCACAGAUGUUGGUAGAAAGAUUUGGAAAUAGCAUGGACAUGAUUCGCUUCUGCAACUCGGGCACGGAAGCAAAUCUCAUGGCAAUCGGAACCGCAAUAGCAUAUACAGGAAAGCAAAAGAUAUUGUGUUUUCUUGGCGGGUAUCACGGGAGCUCUAUCAGCUUCCCAGAAGCCUCACCUUGUUACACCAUGAACCCGAAAUAUGAAUUUGUCCUAGCACCAUACAACGACAUUCUCGCAACCGAUGCUGUCGUUGAGGCCCUUCCACCCAAUUCACUGGCGGCUAUUAUCGUUGAAGGAAUGCAGGGUGCGGGAGGCUGUAUCCCUGGCAGACCUGAUUUCAUGCAACACCUCCAGAAGCUCGCCAGCGAACACGGUGCUCUAUUCAUACUUGACGAAGUCAUGACCUCCAGGCUCGCUUAUGGUGGCCUGCAGUCAACAUUGGGUAUCAAACCGGAUAUCACGACAUUGGGGAAAUGGCCAGGAGGGGGAUUCAGUUUCGGCGCCUUUGGGGGGCGCCACGCCGUGAUGGAGAUGCUCGAUCCUAGUGCUAAGAAGCUUGUACACUCGGGAACAUUCAAUAACAACACCAUCAGUAUGGCUGGCGGUAUUGAAGGUUGUAACAUCUUCGAUAGGGAGGCUGUCAAGAGUCUCAACGAUCUCGGCGACACACUUCGACAACGCAUCGCCGACGUGCUUAAGCAGCGUCUCGGCCAUAGAAACACCAGCGAUCGUAACGAACAAGCCAAUGGAGCCGUAGCUUCUGCUUCGAAGAUCUAUAUAAGUGGUGUCGGAAGCUUGAUGAACGUUACAUUUGCUGGAGCAAAUAAAGAUAUUUUGCAGGCCAUCUUUUAUCAUUACAUGCUGGAACAGGGCCUUUACGUCGCUACCAGAGGAUAUGUGGCGCUUAACCUUGAGACCAAAGUUGAACACUUGGACAUUUUUGUGAGAGCUAUUGAGAAAUUUGUCUCAGAUUACCAAGAUCUAUUGUAGACUUAAAUUAGUUAAACUUUUUCC